AGACUUGUAUUGAAUGACGGUACAGUAACAAACGCGCUGUUUUGACUAAAAAUAGAGAGGAAGCGGAGCGGAGGGGAGAGAAGAACAUUGGCUGAGAAUUCAAGGGGGGCGGUCUGGGUCAAAAACAAAAAAUCAUCACAGAAUAAAUGCUUUUCCAUUUCUAUAAUCUGAAUACAUUAAUCUCAUUUUAUUUUCUUUCCCCAACAAAUUUUGUAACAGAUUUACACACAGUAACCUACCGUAACUAGCUGAUUUUUCUUUCUCUUUGAUCUAUAUGUUGCGAAUUUUUUUAUUGUCUCUAUUGUUCUUCCUCAACAGGAGCACUUUCUCCCACAAACGCAAUACAUAAACGAAAAGGUUCGGCGUUGUUUUUGAAUGCAUAGUUGUGAUUUGAUUGUUAUAAGUUGCACAUAUUCAGGUUCAAUUGUGGAGAUUGAAGUUUUCAGUCUGCGUUUUUGAGAUUAUUCCUAACUGGUUAAUCCAGUGAUCUAAACUUCUGAUUUUAAUUAUUUUUCUCUGGGAGUACAAUUCGAGGAGUACGGCUUUUAAAUUGCUUUUGAGCCUUGUUUAAACAUUUGGUGCCACAAUCGGAACCGACAGUCCACCCAUCAAUUAGUAUUGAUGCAGGCUUGCUGAAUUCACGAUAAAGAGAGAAUUUCUCAGGAGAACUUAUGAUCACAAGUUUUCCGAAUGGGGUACUUGAACAACAUGGAGAAGAAAUGGGUAUUACCUCUAGUUAUAAGCUCGUUAGUAUGCGUUUUCCUUCUUGCCACCUCAUUCAAUAUGGGGAUGGUGUCCUCGUUGCGCGAUUCGAUCUUUUCAAUACUGCCAUCUCGUCUUACAAGCAAUCAAGCCAGCCCUUAUUUUGCGGAGGCAAAGAUUAAGCGAGCUCCACCACCUCCUCCCCGUCAUUCCAUUCCAAAAUUUGCUUAUUUAAUUUCCGGAUCAAAGGGUGAUUUAGAGAAGCUUUGGAGGACACUUCAUGCACUAUAUCAUCCCUGGAAUUAUUAUGUCGUUCAUCUGGAUCUUGAGUCUCCUCCAGAGGAGAGACUGGAGCUUACUUCCCGAGUUGAAAAGGAUCCUAUUUUUUCAAAAGUUGGGAAUGUGUACAUGAAUGCCAAAGCAAAUAUGGUUACUUAUAGAGGGCCAACCAUGGUUUCUAAUACUCUUCAUGCGUGUGCCAUUCUUCUCAAGAAACAUCAGGAUUGGGAUUGGUUUAUUAACCUAAGUGCCUCAGAUUAUCCCCUGGUGACUCAAGAUGAUCUUCUUUACACAUUUUCUAAGAUAAGACGGGAAUGGAAUUUCAUUGAGCACACAAGCCAAUUAGGCUGGAAAGAGGGUCAAAGGGCCAUGCCAUUAAUCAUAGACCCUGGCCUUUACCAGACAAACAAGUCAGAUAUAUUUUGGGUCACCCCACGGAGAACUUUACCCACGGCAUUUAAAUUGUUUACCGGUUCAGCCUGGAUGAUCCUUUCACGUCCAUUUGUUGAGUACUGUAUAUGGGGCUGGGAUAAUCUUCCGAGAACCCUUCUCAUGUACUACUCAAACUUUCUCUCCUCUCCCGAAGGGUAUUUUCAAACUGUUAUCUGCAACACUCCAGAAUUUGUGCCAACGGUUGUCAAUCACGACAUGCACUAUAUUUCUUGGGAUUCCCCUCCCAGGCAACAUCCUCAUACUCUCUCCCUUAACGACACAACAAAAAUGAUUGCAAGUGGUGCUGCCUUUGCACGUAAGUUCAAGCAAAAUGUACCUGUCCUGGACAAACUUGAUGAAGAAUUGCUUGGUCGAAAGAACGGGAGUUACACUCCUGGAGGGUGGUGUGCAGGUACCCCUCUUUGCUCUGAGGUUGGAAAUCCUACCCAGCUUAAACCCAGUAAGGGUGCUCAAAGGCUUCAGCGUCUCUUAGAUGCACUACUUGUGUCAGCCAAAUUUGGUCAAAACCAAUGCAAGUAGAUUUUGCUGUAUCACUCUUGCUUGAGGACCCAGAGAGGUAAACAGAACUAGUUCAUUCGCAACCCCUGAACAAUAACGUGUUAGAAUAUUGUAUCAAUGACGCAGCUCUAUCGACCUACUUAUUGUAGGCUUCGGUAAUACAGAUAUAGAAAGAUUCUCUUCGCCUUCUUGAUUUUGUUCUGGAUUUCACAGACUUACGUGUUUUCAACCGGCAUCCAAGGCCUUUUAGGUUGGCUUAAAAACCUGAGGCUUUAGUCCUGCAUUUGAGUUUCAUCUCAUUGUGAUCUAAUUCCAUUAUGUCGAGGAUCAUUUUCAUAGUCCCAAUAUCUGCAGAUUUGACUCUAUAAAUGUAAAAGUUUUAUCCCUAUGAAUUAAGCUCCAGACGAAAUGUACAAAAGGCAUUACAAAAGACGAGGUGACAAUACUGAUUGUAUCCCUACUUAUGCUUA